AUGUUGGAUAAUAAAGCGUUCAAACAAUUUAAAAAUGAGAUUAAAAGCCUUUAUAACAAUAAUGUUAAUCAUUCUAACAUAAUCAAGUUAUAUGGAUUCACUAGAGCAAUUUUAAGAAAUGAGAGAGAGAAAAUUAUUCCUGGUACACCUCCGGAUUAUGCCAAUCUUUAUGAAAAAUGCUGGUCAUCUGAUCCAGAAAAGCGCCCUGCAUUAAAUGAAAUAUUGACUACAUUUGAAAAACUAUCAAGUUUAUCUGUUAAAUUCAUUAUAAACAAUAUUGAUGGGGAUGACCAACAGUAUAAGAAUUUAUCAGAAUAUUCGAAUUCCUAA